UUUCGUCAUACAGUAUUUGACCGACAAAAGACAAAGAAUGCAGACUACCAGAUUUUACGGGAGUGCCAAAACCCACCCAUCAGUGGCACCGAAACUUGCUGCAGUAGUCCCACAAAAGAAGAAGAAAACUGCCAAGGCGGCUCAGAAAGAAAAUGUGGUGAAACCACGAAAAAAUGCCAAGGCAAAGAAUAAUACGUUGGAGCUGAUAUGUGGUGUGGCAAAUGAUGUAAUUGUUCCAUCUCCUGCAGAUCACAGUGUUCAGCCAAUGAAUCUGGAAAUACCGGUGCUAGAGGACGUGACAAACACGCUGCAUCAGGAAGCUUCUUUUUUGGACCAUGUAGCCACCCCUGGACAAGAAGACAUGACACAUUCACCACGAAGAAGGUUGCAUUUCACAGAUGUGAACACCAAAGUGCAGGACUGCCAGUGUACCUGUCCUGUUUUACUAAAGGAGCUACUCAGUAAGGUGACCAAUAUGGAGUCAGAAGUUGGUGGACAGGUCAAUCAGCUGCAGACCGAUGUGGCUGGCCUUAAAGAAGGCAUAAAGGAACAGAUGGUAGAAGCCAUGAAGAAAGUCAUUGAACAAACGAGGGAAGAAUGGCAAGUUGGAGUUUGCCGCACCAUCAUUGCAACACACCACCAAGCGGUUCAAGUCAGCGGCCUGGACGACCGAGGCCUGGAGGACCGCAGAGGAGGCCUGGAGGACCGCAGAGGAGGCCUGGAGGACCGCAGCGGACUGGACGAAGUCAGCGGCAUGGACGACCACAGAGGAGGCCUGGAGGACCGCAGAGGAGGCCUGGAGGACCGCAGAGGAGGCCUGGACGACCGCAGAGGAGGCCUGGACGACCGCAGAGGAGGCCUGGACGACCGUAGAGGAGGCCUGGGGGACCGCAGCAGCGGACUGGACGAAGUCAGCGACUUGGACGACCGCAGAGGAGGCCUGGAGGACCGCAGAGGAGUGCUACUCUGGUGGAAUCAAAUCAAUGUCAGUGAUAAUUCUUACCACUAA